AUGAUGAAAUUAGAUCUAAUUCAUGUUCUAAUUACUCACACUAAUCUUUAUUUAAUAAAAAUUAAUCUUAAAUUAAACAUCUUCAGCAAUUAACUCAUCAAAUCAAUUCUUAAAGCUAAAAUUUAUUACCAAAACUUAAAUUUAGUAAUAUUAAUCCUAAAGUAUUCAAUACUAAACUAUAAAAUAAUAAAUCUGUCUAAAAAAAAGAACAAUCUCUAGAAUUAUAAGCUUUACCAUUAUUAUUACAAAAUAAAGAACUUUUAUAAUUUAAAAAACCUAGGCAUAAACAUACUGAAAUUAAAGUAAUACUAGAAAUAGACAAAAUUAUUAGAAGAAAUUUAUUUUAUCUUCCAACUCAUAAAUUUAAAGUUAUAGAUUGAAAUAAUUGACUUAGUAAGUAGAGCUCUUGUUACAAAUACAAUAAUAUUUUUAUAUUGUGAAUUAGCUGUGCAUAUUUUACUAUUAAUAAAUUGA